GAAAGGUCGGCGGAGGGUUAGUCCGUGUCAACCCGUGACGUCAGGGCAUCAUGGCGGAGCAGUGCUCCAAGUCCCUCAGCGGCUUAUUGGGCGGCCUGGCUCAGCUCAUCUACUAUCACAGCCCGGGCAUCACUGAGCAAAUGCUCAAGGACCAGCUCUACCCUGACCUGCCGCAACAAGAUUUCAAAGUCCUGCUUGAGAAAAUGGCCGGGAUCCUGCGGUCGAUAACAUCUGCAGACAUGGACUUCAACCAGCUGGAAGCCUUCUUAACGGCGCAGACCAAGAAACAAAAAGGAAUUACACUGGAGCAAGCGGCAGUUUUAACAAAAUUUUGGAAAAUUCAUAAAGUUAAAAUCCGAGAGAGCCUUAUUAAUCAGAGCAAGUGGGAGAACUGCCUGCGGAAUCUAAGUUGGAGAGUUGACCUGAAGUCUCAAUCCAGACACUUGGAUCAAAUAAACACACCUGUUGCUAUUGUGGAGUUUGAACUUGGAAAGAAUGAUCAGGAAUCGGAAUUUCUCUGCUUGGAGUUGGAUGAGACCAAAGUGAAUCAACUCCUGAAAAAACUAACAGAAAUUGAAGAAAGCAUCGGUACACUAAGUUACACCAACUGACGUCGAUGGAGAUAAUGAAAGUGGACCAGAUGAUGGUGCCAAUAACCAACAUGCCCACUAAAUACCCCAAUGAAUUAUGGAAUAUAUGCAUUAUCUGCAUUGGUUGUAAAGUGCAUUUCUGAAUUUACUUAGGACAACCUUUUAUCUACACACCGACCCAAAACUAACAUUGUGUGCCUUACUAAUUCUUUCCUUGCCAUCUGUUAUUUUUGUAGUAAAUUGUGUUCAGAAUACAGCUUUUAAUUUGAUUUUUUUUACCUAAAUCCUUUAGUUGUUUAGAAUGUUAGUUUGCAUUCAGCUCAAGUUGGAAAUGUAAUUUUCUUUCCCUUGCCUAUUGCGAAGAGGCUGAAGUGAAAUUAGCUUGGACAGCCUCAACCCAUUUCUUUGUGAAGCCUUGCAGACAGAAUUAACAUUAAUUGGAUAGUUUUACUCAGACUACAAUGGUUUGAGGGAUAGUACACUGGGAUUAAUGUUGGGGCAGUAUUGAUUGUGUUAACUGGCCCAAGCUGUGGCCAAACUAGAGAUGCUGGAUGUUUAGUCAAGUCUAAAGCUCACUUUUCUCCCUCGCCUCCACAAAUGCAGUAUUGUAGGUUGAUGACUUACAUGAGGCUGUACUUGGAGUUGUGGUAUUACUGAUACAAAAAUACAAGACAUCCUUCAUUACAGCGGCACAGUCAUGAAGGAAAGUUGUUUCACUGUGAAGAUAUAUAAUUUUCAUGGUUUUCUUGUGGGGAUUUUUCCAAAAAUAAAGUUCAAUACCCCUGUGUUUAUAUUAUUUCAAUUACUCUGUUAUGGAUAUGAUCUGAAUAAAUGCAUGGAAAUUACGAUAAUUUAAUUGUAUUACUUAUCACUGACCAACUUAAAUAACCAUUUCAUAAUUGAGUUAAUAAUCUACAAUUUUAUGGUAUUUAACUUUAAACUGUCAUUUAAUAUAGAGUUGUAAAGGCCAGAAGAUUCCAGCUUGAAUAUGGAAUCGAGUAGAAUUAAUAAAACUUGACAAUUCCUUUUCCACCUAACCUUGCCUGCUACGUAGUUCUCUUGAAUUUAGUUACAAGCCAAAAGCUUUCAGAAAAUUGCUCACGUGUUUAUUCCUUGAUGGAUGGAAGGGAUUUGUUAUAAUCUCAAGUGCGUAGAUUAAAAUGAUAGCUAUUUGGAGACCUAAUGAUCUGAUAUUUGUAUUUAUGAAGAAGUCAUUUAACUGAAUAAAAGUACUGUAUCUCA